GCAGUUCCUCAAGGGUGGGUCUUGUGCGACGAAUGGUUUAAUAUUUUCUCGUUGGAGACAAUAUAUCAACAUUGUACCUUCGCCAUUCUACACAUGCGCUGUUUAUGCCAAUCGACGACUCUCAAGAAGGUAAAUGCGAAUGAUCUGUUUCCCGUCAUUAUGAAGAUUAUGGCACGACCCCACCCACUAGCCGCUGCGGGGCUGUGACUUCGUUUUCGAUUACGGCCUGUUUGCACCCAACCUUGUUCUCCUCCACCAACCAUGGUAGACCCUGUAGGAGUCGCUACGUCCAUUGUCUCCCUCAUCCAAACCACCGUUACUGUCAUCAAAUAUGUCGAGGAUGUAAAGAAUGCGCCUGAAGAACGCAUCAAGCUCUUGAGAGAGCUGGAGGAUGUGAAGACCUGUCUUUCUUUGGUGGAAAUGCAUACUCGCUCGUCGACUGACAGCGACCCAUGGCUGGCGAGCUUAGAGGGUCUGAGAAACACUUUCGGCGAACUUGCUAACACCCUCGAUGGACUCAAGAAGGGGCUGGAGGAUGCAUCUCCUGAAUGGAGAAAGGUGAUGCAUAGGCUGAAGUGGCCUUUGACUAGAGAUGGCGUCGAGGGGGACCUGAGGAAGAUCGAGCGUAUCAAGACCUUGAUUAUGAUUGCCGGACAGCAUGAUCAUUUUAAGCUAUCUCGCGCAAUUCAAGACAUGUUAAGCGAUGUUAAAUGCACGGGCGAGGAAAUCCGGAAUAUCAACAAGCAGAAACAGAUGGAGGAUAAAGCCGAGAAGGUAGUAGCAUGGCUCACCUCCUUGGAUUACAAUGCUGUGCAACGCAACACACUGAAAAAACGUGUUGGCGAUACUGGACAGUGGUUCGUUGAGUCGUCCAAGUUUCAGAGUUGGGUGGAUGGUUCUGGGAUGUCUCGUACUUUGUGGUGUCCUGGUGAUCCUGGUGCCGGAAAGACGGUACUUGCCUCCCUCAUCGUGGACUAUCUACGCAAGCGAGUUGCUCAGAAAAAGAUUGCUGCCAGUGUUCUAUGUAUCUUUUGCGACUAUCGGAACGCGGGGGCUCAGACCAUAACCAAUAUUAUUCAGAGCUUGCUAAAACAGCUGAUACAAGCUGAAGACAGACUCCCUUCCUCAAUUGAAUCCCUGUAUGACUCGAACUGUCGCAACGGUCAAAUGGGUUCUUUCCUUGACGAACUUACAGAGCUUCUUUCCACUCAGUUGGAAGGAUACACCUGUGUUUACCUCGUCUUGGAUGCCUUGGAUGAGUUUCCUGGUGAUUACGGGGAAUGGAGGGACUUGAUUACUGUUUUGAAGUCGUUAGGGGCCAACGUUCAUCUCCUGGUGACUUCAAGGAACUACAGUACGAUACAGAAGCUGUUCGAGGGAGAUGAUGAGUUGUGGGUUCGAGCAGAGGAUGGUGAUGUCCGGAAAUUCAUAACAAGCCAGCUUGAUGUCAUGGGACGCAUUCCCCAGCACCUCAAGGACCGCGAUGACUUGCGUGAGAAGAUACUCACUGGGGUUGUGGAGAAGGCAAAGGGCAUGUUCUUACUAGCGAGUCUACAUGUGACUUUGCUUGCCCAAAGUGUGACUCGUGCAGACCUUGUCAAGGAGUUGGAUAAGCUGCCAGACACCAUGACAAGUGCAUAUGAGCAUUUGCUGGACAGGGUUAACAAGAAAGUCAAACAUGAGAAGAAGCUUGCAUAUCACAUAUUUGGUUGGAUAGCUUUUGCUCAGCAUCGUUUGAAGAGUGUGGAGCUGCAAUAUGCAUUAGCUGUGAAACCAGGAAUGAAAGAGCUUGAUGCUGAUAGCAUUCCUGACUACGAUGUCAUCACAAGCAUCUGUGCUGGACUUGUCAUUGUGGACAGCAAAGGGUUUCCUACGUUUGUGCAUUAUACUACUCAAGAAUAUUUCACUUUGCACCAAGACGAACUUUUCCCCUGUAUCCAUGAAGAUAUGAUGCGCACCUGUCUGACAUACAUGUCAUUUGACAUUUUUGAAUCUCCCGAUGUCCUCAACGACAACAUAUGUCCGGAACCGGCAUUCACUGGGCUGCCAUAUAAUCCCACCUACAUACCUGCUCGCCUAGAUUUCCUCAGGAUCAAGGACAAGUAUCCUUUCCUUGGGUAUUCAUUGAACAACUGGAGCUACCACGCGAGGAAAUAUGGUUUAUGCUCUGUGAAAAACGAGAUCCUUGCUUUCCUGCAGACUCGGACAGAAGUCGCUCUGUACUUUGAACGACUAGUAUCUGGGAUGCUACCCACUCCUGCAUGGUUUGCUGCCAAUCAUGGUUUAGUGCAUGUCAUGGAGGCUCUUGUUAAACAAGGGGUUGACCUGCAACAUGAAAAUGCAUUGUGUAUCGCAGCACAUGCAGGGCAGCUCGACAUGGUGACAUAUUUGCUGUCGCGAAAUGAUGUGGAUGUGAACCAGAUGAACAAGGCCAUGUACCUUCAUGAUUGGGACAAGUCCCUCGAUCACCCCGCCAAUGGAGUCGGAGUUGGGGGCUGUUGUCCUACUCUCUGCACACCUCUCAUUGCUGCAGCAUCCAAUGGUCACGAAGAAAUCGUCAAAGCACUUCUCAAGUCCAAAAACAUGAAGUCAUUGAACACGCAGUCUUCCUCCGGACAUACAGCGCUAUCAGAAGCAGUGUCGGGUGGCCAUAUCAGAGUGGCUAGGCUCUUGUUAUCGCAACCUGACAUCAACACCUCCAUCCAAUUCCAAGGCAAGACUCUCCUUAUGCUUGCUGCAAGGGGAUGGUGGAAGGACACCUUUGCAUGUGGCUGCCAGAUGGGGUCGGCCUCAUGUCUUUAGAAUGCUCUUGGAGUCACGCCGGGUGGAUAUAAAUAGGACCGAUGACCAGGGAAGGACCGCUCUUUCUGUUGCUGCUUAUUGGGGUAGAAUAAACUGCGUCAAAGCAUUACUCGAUCAGCCAGGUCUUGAUUUCACAAUAAAGGACCACGACGGCAAAAGUGCAUAUGAGAGAGCAGUUGAAGGGGGAC